AUGGAGCGCAUGUUCGACUUUGUGGCAGAAAAUACGUACAACGACGACUGGUUGCGCGUCUUCCAACUGACGUCCGAGGAUGUGAGCGGGUCUGUGGAAGUCGGGUUCUCGCUGGUUCAUUCAGCCGCUACCGCGCUGGGGAAGAAAUUAGCGGAAGAGAUGUUGUAUGGGGACAUCAUUGGUCGUGAAGAUGACGAAGCCGACGAAGAUGGAGACGAGUACGAAUUUGAGAGGAAGUUCAUGGUCCGUUACCAUCCGUACAAUGGAGGCUGGAGAUACGCAUUCACCGAUACUCUCAGGGUCGCGAAUCCAGAGCACUUUCACGGAGUAGAGACCGUGGUUCCUUGGGACUGGUACCGCGUUCCAGUCUGGACAGGCACACCUCUGCUCUCAGUCAUAGGCGGGGCUCUCUGCCGCAUUUCACCCGGACUCCCAUGGGAUGAGUGGGACGAAAUCUUCCGGACGGUUUUGAGACAGUGGCUGAGAGAUCUUCGAAGUGUCGGUGUCGAUCUGUUGCAGUAUGGCAGAGACGAGACUCGAAUACUCAACUCAACCACCUCCGCCGACCUAAGAGGAGCGUUCGGCGCUGGUGCUAUUGCCGACUCACGAAGGCAUGUGCGGAACUCUCUCAAGACUAGAGAAUCAUGGAUGGAACAUGUGGACGAAAUCCAUCCAAAGAGUGAUCUUUACUGGAUUCCCAUCCGCGUGAUUGGCUUCGAUUACGGGCCGAAGCUGAGAGACUGGCGGCUGUGGUGGGCGCCGGAGUUCGAGGUAUUUGCCGCCGAGUUUUGGAAACUUGUUGAUCGGCCAAGACAAGUCAUGCCUGGUAGUUGGGUUGAGGCAUAA